AUGAAGCAGAAGAGCGUUCUUGUGAUCGGUGCGAACGGCUAUAUUGGUUCCGCAGUAUGCCGUGCUUUCACUCGAGCAGGAUGGCGGGUCUUCGGGCUCAUUCGUCGCAAGGAAGCCGCUGGAGUUCUGGCACUUGACGAGACAAUACCAGUCGUGGGAUCUUUGUCUGACCCUACCGCUUUGGGCGACGUAGUCCUCAGUCACAGUAAGACAUUCGACGUUAUUGUUGGAUGUACAGAGCCUCCAGAAUAUGUUUCGCAUAUCCGCGAGGCAUUGGCAUUUAUUCGCCAUAUCUCCGAGGCCAGUAAUCUUCACCAGGUGCGACCGCUUGUUCUCUGGAGCUCGGGCUGCAAAGACUAUGGGACCACAGCUGUCGAUGGAGCACCAGAUCUCAGUGCUCAUACAGAAGCUUCUGCGAUCGAUCCUCCUAGCGUUUUGGUCUCACGGGCCACGCACUCCCUCUUGAUGCUUGAACAAACCGAUCUGUUUGAUGCCGCCGUCCUGCGACCAACAAAUGUCUUUGGGCACAGCAGUAGUUAUUAUGGAAAUAUGUUCGCGUGGGCGGCCAGCAAUGCUGCUCGCGGUGCAGGAAGAUUGACUCUGAGAGGGAUCGACCGUAAAAGCAUCAUGCAUGCAAUGCACGUGGAUGACUGUGGUGAAGCGUAUGUCGCGCUUGCCGAGCAUCAAGAUCGCGCUGCAGUCGCUGGACAGUGUUUCAAUAUCUCUGCCCGUAGCUACGAAACGGCAGAGACAGUCCUCAAUGCAUUGGCCAAGGAAUAUGGGUUUCCAGAUGGCGCGAGUUUUGCCCCCACAGUUGAUGGUGCUGAAGUAGACUUCAGCUUGGCGGUCUUGUUCGGUUUUAGUCAGUGGGUAGGGAGCGACAAGAUUAGAACGUUGACCUCUUGGAGCGACCGGCGAAUGCUGUUCUCCGACAACCUGGGUGUGUACCGCAGAUCAUAUGAAGCUGCAGUCGCCGCAGAGCAUCAAGAUCUUGCAAGGGUGCAGGCACGUCAAAAGAUAUGGCAGGAAAAGGGUCCGCUAGCCGACUAA